AGGAGCGUGAGCCUGUUUAGAGUAGUGUGGCCAACAGUUGCGAGAGAGGCGGACGGACUGAGAGAGCGCGAGCAAAACCCCGUGGACUGAGUGGUGCCCAGAAAAACCGGAGGCACGGAGCCCCCCAGGGUAACAAUGGCUGUUUCAGCCCCGCCGGUGAUCUCGGCAACUUCGAGCAGCAGCAGCAGCAGCAGCGCCGGGGCCCCCGGGGGCUUGUUCCGCGCCGAGCCCUUCUACUCGUCCAGCCCGUCCGACUCCCCCCGGCUCACCACUAGCAUGAUUAACAGUUUCAUCUCCACCAGCGGCAGUGGUAGCGGGAUGAGCGCUAUGGGCGGUGGCGGCAUGGGCGCCAUGGGCGGCGGCGGCGGCAUGAGCGCUAUGAGCGGUGGCAUGAGCGUUAUGGGCGGCGGCGGUGGCAUGAGCGGCGGCGGUCUGACUAUGAGUGGCGGCGUGAGCGGUAUGAGCGGCGGCGGUCUGACUAUGAGCAGCGGCGGCGGCGGCGGUGGCGGCGGCAACGAGUGUAAGAUGGUCGAUCUGCACGGAGUGAAGGUGGCUUCUUUCCUGGUGGAGGGGCAAGAGCUCAUUUGCCUGCCGCAGGUCUUCGACCUGUUCCUGAAGCACCUCGUGGGGGGCCUGCACACCGUCUACACCAAGCUCAAGAGACUGGAUAUCACCCCCGUGGUGUGCACUGUCGAGCAGGUCAGGAUCCUCCGGGGGCUGGGCGCCAUCCAGCCGGGGGUGAACCGCUGCAAACUCAUCACCAGGAAGGACUUCGAAACUUUGUACAACGACUGCACCAACGCCAGUUCGAGGCCUGGAAGACCCCCCAAACGUUCCCUGGGAGUGGCCAUCCAAGAAAAUGCACGCCUUCUGCCUCAUGGCGUCCCAGGCCUGAUAUCGCCAGGACUUAUCUCACCAACAGGUAUUACAGCCGCUGCCAUGGCCGAGGCCAUGAAGUUACAGAAGAUGAAGCUCAUGGCAAUGAAUAGUCUCCACGGAGGUGGAAGCCAAAAUGGAACCGAAUCAGAAAAUGAAGAGCUUAACUCUAAUGCUGGUGGAAGUGAGUCCUCCUGGGACAAGGAAAAGAUGCAGUCUCCUAUGACUCCAGGAUCCCAGCCCAAUGUGGGCCAUGCCACGCUGCCAGGCCAGGCCAGCCUUGGAAGUGCCCAUCCACUCAAUCCUCUCCAGCAAAAUCACCUGCUGACCAACAGGCUUGACCUGCCAUUUAUGAUGAUGCCUCAUCCACUGCUGCCUGUCACCUUGCCUCCUGCAUCAGUUGCCAUGGCGAUGAAUCAGAUGAACCACCUCAAUACUAUUGCCAACAUGGCUGCUGCAGCCCAGAUGCAUAGCCCUCUCACCAGGGCAGAGGCUUCUGUCAUUAAGGAGAGGAUUCAGGAGAGCCCUUCACCUGCUCCUUCUUUGGAUGAGGGCCUUUGCCCUGUGAGCCUUGAGUCUUCUCAUCACAGCAGCAGCAUGUCCAGCUCUCCUUCUCAGAUGGAUCAUACCCCGGAGAGAUUUGCUAUGAUGGUUGCCAAUAGAGAGGGAGAGUUCACUGAUCAAGAUAAUGGAUCGAAUGCAAAAAAGCACCAGAAGGAGAAAGUUCUGUCAUUCGAUCAAGAGCUAUUUGAUGAUUCCCAGUCACUGUGGGGAGGAAAAAGAAGCAUAAGACAGGGAGCCGGGCCUCAAGAUGCUUACCACCAAGUUUGGGCGCCAAGACAAACAGAAGAGGUGCAGGUUGCCAUGCCGAUGAUGAAACCAGGCCUAGAGAAGGCCCAACUGGCUGGACAAGCCAUGCCUGCUGGCUUCUCCUCACCAUUCAUUUUUGCUGAUAGCCUUUCUUCUGUGGAAACGCUUCUGACCAACAUUCAGGGCCUCCUGAAAGUGGCUCUCGACAAUGCUCGCAUCCAGGAGAAGCAGAUGCAGCAGGAGAAGAAAGAGCUGAGAAUGGAGCUCUUCAGAGAGAGGGAGCUGAGAGAGACCUUGGAAAGACAGCUCGCCGUGGAGCUGCAAAGCAGAGCUACGAUUCAGAAGCGCCUGAAGAAGGAGAAGAAGGCCAAGAGAAAACUGCAGGAGGCCCUGGAGUUUGAGUCCAAGCGCCGGGAGCGAGUGGAGCAAGCUCUGAAGCAGGCCUCCACAGAUACUGCAAUGCCAGAUAGAGAAAUAGAAAACGGGACUCAGCCUGACAACGCAGCAACGAUGCAAGAGAGCCAGGUGUACAUCAAGCCUCCCGUCAUGUACUGAAGGAAAUUUCUAUUAAAAAGUAUAUCCAUACCCAUGCCAUCCAUUAUCUGAAGCUAUCUAGUUCAUUGAGUUGUUACCUUUGAUGCCUUCAGUGCUAUGUGAAGAACAGAAAUUGUAGCAUGAAACUUGAAGACGUUGGCUGCAUUGAAUACCGCAACAUCAAAAGCUUUUGUAAGCCGCUCACGCCAAACCAAGCCUGUUGCAAUUGAUCAUUUGUAGACCCCCCCCCCAGAAGUUUUAGUCUUUUUAAGUACAUAUGUGAUUUAUUCCUUCCAAGAGAACUAACCUUUUAUUUGCCCCCCUUAAGGAGGUAGCUCUUACUGUCUAGCAGUGGCACAACCCUAUUAAUCGGCCCUAAUGGUCCCCGCUGGCUUUACCUAUGUGCAAAUCCUAACUCCAGUUUAGCACCAAAACUAUUCAUCCUUGAGCUGUUUCAAUUGUGUUUAUAAAUUAAGCUUUGUUUACUGAAGCAGAUAUUCCAUAUAUACUACAUUUUGCAGAGAAAUGUGUGUACGUUUUAAAAAAAAGGCAUAAAAAUGCCCUUUCAAUUUGAUGAAUGAUGCGAAUAAUGUGUGAGCUUAACCCUAACCAGCUGAAGUCCUAUGGUUAUAAUUAAUUGAUGCUUUAUAUGCUCAGUUCAGCUUGGCUUUUGGUCUUUUCCAGUGAAAACAUGAAUAUGCAGUAGAGUGUUAGAUCCUAGAAACUUUUACGUAUGGUUUCUCUGUUGUACCAUAUUAAGUUAAAGUACCCCUUCUUUGUUAAGAUGUUCUCGCUUAAA